UGCCAAUCUGACUAUCUAUGUUUACUAUGUCAUUUCGACGUUUACAGAUGCUUUUACUAUUAUUGUUCCGGAAAUAAAUUUUCAUUGUUUAUUUUUGCAAUGCCUGGACCAGGGAAGUUUCGUAGUAAAGCUGUGAAACAAAAGGCCGUAUCUGGAGACCAUAGUCCUGAGCAAUGUAGUCAUAAACUAAACGGUGAGUUUAUACACUUUAAGCCGGAUAAGGCUACAGAUGGUAAAGAAAAAGUAAUUGCAAUAGAACUUUUGGGUACUAGAGAACUGCUUGUACCUAAAAGAGAGCCCAUCGAUAGACCAGGAAUUUUGCCACUUUCGGAGUUUCAAAGACUAAAACAUCAAGCACACGUGAUAACCCUUGAAGAUAAAAUGCGUAUGAUUGAAGAAGGAGAAAGAGAAAAAAAUAAGCUUGUAAUGGAAAGUACGCUUAGAAAAGAACAACUUUUAAAAACGCAAAAGCACACCAACAAUAAACCUGGAAGCAAACUUGAAACUGUAGAAUCAGAAGCAGCUAAAAAGAAUCUAUAUUUGCUUAGAAGGUCUCAGGAAUUAAGGAUUGAACAGGACGAGAGAGUAAAAGAGGCAAAUGGCAUUAUUUUGGCAACUAAAUGCAGGGCUAUAAGAAAUGCCCAGAUUGCCGAAAAAAAGGUGAUAGAAAAAGAACUAAAAGAAGAAGAGCAAAGGUUAGACGCCAUGAUGGAGCAACAAAGGCAAAAGAAAAUCGUUGCUGAAGAAAAGAAGCGAGAGGCUGAUGAAAUGAAGAAACAAAAUUAUGUCAAAGAAGUCCUUCAGCAAAUAAAAGAAAAUGAAUUGGAUCGUCUUUUGGAAGCGGAACGUAUAGAAGAGGAAAGCAAAAUGCUGAAUAAGGCUUUAAUUGAACUUCAAAAAGAUGAAGAAAAACGACAGAAAGCUAAGAUUGAAAUGCAAAUAAAAAUGAGAGAGGAGUUCAAGAAAGCUAAUGAAGAAGCUUGUAGAUACCGAAGGCUUAAGGCUGAGGAACAACGAAUCGCAGAUUUGAGGGUAAAAGAAUUUAUGCGUCAAAAAGCUGAAAGAGAGGAAGCGCUAGAAAAAGAAAAAUCGUUAUUAAAAGCAGCAAAAGAAAAAGAAAUUGCUCGGCUAAGAGAGAUGCAAGAGAAGAGUCAAGAUCUGCAAGCUGCUCUGGAUGAAAUGAAUGCAGCUAGAUCCCAGGAAGAAAAAGAACGAGAAUGGCGAGAACAAGAAAAACAGGCUGCCUUGAAAAAGCAGAAAAUGAUGGAAGACUUACAUGUAGCUAGAGCGAAGCAAAUUACUGAUAUUAGAAUGACUCAAGCUAGAGCUUUAGCUAGAGAUGAAGAUGAUUUUAAAAAGGAGAUGAAUGAGGCACGAGACCAGGCACGUUGGAAAAGUAUCAGGGAUCAUUAUAAAAGGCAAAAGAAAGAAGACAUAGGCACAACAGGAUCUGCUGCAAAGAAAAAGAGGGCAAGCUACUGGGACAGAUUGUCGUUUUUGGACACAAUUGAGGACGAAAGAAAAACGUUUUCUAACAUUUCUGCUGAUACUUCCGAAAUUUUAGAAAACAAUGACGUACAAGACAUCGAGAAUCAGCCGCCUUCAUCAAAGGACGAACUUGAAAUACCUCCUGUUAUGCCUACUGAGACUUAUGAACCUGUGGCAAUCAUCCGCUCAAAACGCAAAACUAGAGUGGAAAAUUCAGCACUAUCUAACUACUUGAAGGAAAAGAAAAUUGAAAACACACAGUUGAAUGAUACCAUUAGUCAGCUAAUUAAAUGCGAGGAAGAAGAUGAAAUCGACUUGUUUUUUAAAAGCAUCGCCAAAACAGUGAAGAAGUUUUCACCAAAUCUUGUGAGAAAAACAAAAUUAAAAGUUUUGGAAAUUGUAUCUGAUACGGAACAACUUCAUGAACAAGUGCAUGUGUCCACCGAUCACACAUCAAGCUCAAAUACAUUCCGAAAUUAUUAAUCACAGCUUUCCAUUCAUUUCUCCCACCACACAUCAAAUUUGACUUCUCCAGAUUGCCAAUCAGAACUUUCCAACCAUUCCUCCCACUACACAUUGACUUUUCCAAAUUAUCAAUCAGAGCUUUCCAACCACUCCUCUCAACACAUGAAACGCGACUUCUCCUAAUUUCCAAUCACAACAUCUCACCCCUUCCUCCCAGAACACAUCAACCUUCACUUCUUCAAAUUAUCAACUUCUCAAUCAACCCCCAUCCACCCACCGUUCAUCAGCCGUACGUUCUGAAAUUUUGGCUACCUCUGACGUGCUGACGGUUGCAUAUAACUUAUUAGCCCAAGAGGAUAAUACUAAAUAAGUAAUAUUAAACUGUAAAAUUUUAAUUAUGUUUAAUUUUAAUAAAUAAAAUGGAUUAAAUAAAUUAUAAAA